AUGGCUCGUGGUGCUGCUGCUCCUGUUGCUGCCACCCAAUCCUCCAACAGAGACGAUCAGGACACCUCGCUUCCCCAGGACGCAAAGGCGAGUAAGCGGCGUUGUGUGCAAUCUGCCUGUGUGCCAUGUCGUAAACGCAAGUCCAAGUGCGACGGCAGCACGCCCGUAUGCGCCACCUGUACUGCCGUCUACAAGACGGAAUGUUUCUACGACGCGGAGAGCGAGAGCCGGCGUACCAAGGGGGGCCAUGCCAGUACCACCAAUGUUGGCACCAAGCGCGAUGCUUCGUCGAUAGCUACCCUCGCCCCUGAACCCACAUCCAACGCCGAUUUCAUCGUCAACUCGCUAAGAAGAUUGCCCGAGGAACACGUCAACGAGCUUAUCCAGCACAUUCGCAGCAACCCUAACCUCGACACCGCCGGCUUGGCAGAAACAUGGCGCAAAAACGUAACCCUGAACCCCAGUACGCCCGUCGAGGGCCAGAGCCUCGAGUCCGAUCUAAGUGUACUCCUCGGAAAGCCGGCAGUAACACUCACCGGCCAAAGUCGACAUUUUGGGCACUCGGCCAGCUUGGCUCUAGUCCCUGAAGAAGCGAACUUCAGCGGCGUUUGGCCGCGUAUGACCAGCGUGAAGCCAGAGCGCCAGGGAUCAACAUGGACAAACGUGACCGACGACAUGGCCUUUGUCGAGAGGCUACUUGACCUCUACUUUACAUGGAGCCAUCCCUUCUACGUUCUCUUCAGCCGCGAAUGCUUUUACAAGGACUUUAGAGCUGGUCGCGACAAGUAUUGCUGCUCCCUCCUUGUUAAUGCCAUAUGUGCAUACGCCUGCCAUCUCACAGAUGAACCUGCGGGCCGUACAGACCCGUCCAACUUCCGCACAGCGGGCGAUCACUUCUUCGCCGAGGCCAGGCGAUUACUCUUCGAGGAUGAAACCCCGAGUCUUACAACAGUCCAGGCGCUCUGCAUCAUGUCGAUGCGUGAGCCGAGUACAGGGCGAGAGAGCUCUGGAUUUGGCUACAUGGGACGAUGCAUGCGCAUGUGUGUCGAACUUGGCCUACAUCUAGACUAUGGUGCCAGCGCCACACUUGGACUGACACCAAGCGAAGUCGAGGUUCGGAAAGUCACCUUCUGGGGCUGCUUUACCGUAGAGAAUGUCUGGACCGUCACUACUGGAAGAAUCUCCCAGCUUCCCCGCGCCGCAAUUACUCUCCAGAAACCCAUACUCGAAGAAGCUCCCGGUAUUCCAGAGGCAUUGUCUGGCACCCCGCACGCCAAUACUGGUAUUGUAACUACCCGCAUGUUUCUGCAGGAGUUCACAUCACUUUCCGAGCUGGUCAAUGACAAUAACCACAUGUUCUUUGCCCCAAAAGAGCGACUUACCAGCAACAAACUCCUCGGUUGUUACAAUAGAUACAAAGCCUGGUACAGAAAGUUGCCCUCUUCAUUGGGAAUUGAUGGCAAGAAAGAGCCUGAACCACACAUUUUGGUGCUACAUAUGUUCUACUGGACCAUAAUUGUUCACCUCUUCCGACCGCUGCUUAAAGUCGAGCUCAUCCACUCCGACGUACGCCCGCGCGACAUCUGCGUUGAAGCAGCCAACAACGUAUCGAGAAUUGUUAGGUUCUACCGAAAGUUUUACGAUUUUCGACAAGCGCAUCUGAUCAUACCACACAUCUUGCUCACCGUCUGUGUGUUGCACUUGCUCUAUUCCAAGGAAAACCCGGUAUCUCGCCAAAACCUUGUUGAAGGACUACAGGGUCUUGAGGACCUCCACGAAUGCCAUUACUUUGGAGCAAGAAGCUUUCGGAUCAUAUACGCCUUGUCCAAGACUUGGAACUUGCCAUUUCCAGAAGAGCUCAGCAAUUCAAAGCUGAUACCGAAGAACGAUCCAGAAAAUCCCCAUGGUCGAAUGAGUCCCCCAGGAGAGCCCCUUUUGAUGGUUCCAAGCUCUCAGACGAUUACUGGUAAUCGCAUAGGGCCUGGAGCCAUCCAUCCGCCUCAGCCUCAACGGCGAGAGAGUUUGUCCAUGUUUGCAUCUCAAAACAUGAUGCAGUUGGCUUCACACCCUGCCAACUCGAGAGCAAGCAGCGUCGUCUCUAGCCAACGCCACUCGUCGCCUGCCGUAAGGCACGAAACCGUUCAGGGCGGUUACAAUAACAACAUGUCGCUUCCUUACCAGUAUACACCUCCUCUAUCGUCAGCAACCAACAUGCCCACAACAAUAGCCUCAUCUACGGUAGACACUGCAGAAACCAUGUUCUGGACCCCAAUGCCCGGUAUUCCUGGUCCUAUACUCCCACGACACAACUACCAACAGAUGAGCCCCAUGGGCCUCGAAAGCGUCCUGCACAAUACCGACAUAGGCGACCGCCUUGGACGCGACGGUUUCCGAAUCAACGAAGACUGGCGCUCCAGCCACGUCAAUGGCUUCGCCACGGGUGUUGGAGCAAAUGUGUAUCCUCAGACCAACCCCCAACACAAUGACACGUAUGCGCACCGACCAAGUUUUGCCGCACAGUCGGCAUACCCGCCGGACCCGCACCAUGGACACCAUGGACAAGACGGGUACGACGCUGGGUGGUGGCAGGGCCCGCACGAAUCUUCGGAACACAUGAGCUGA